UACAUUACCAGUCAAAAGUUUAGACACACCUACUCCUCAAGGGUUAUUCUUUAGUUGUACUAUUUUAUACCUUGUAGAAUAAUAGUGAAGACAUGGAAACUAUGAAAUAACAUAUUUGGAAUCAUGUAGUAAGCAAAAAAAUGUUAAACACAUACAAAUGUAUUUUAUAUUUGAUAUUCUUCAAAGGAGCCACCCUUUGCCUUAAUGGCAGCUUUCUUCACGUUUGGCAUUAUCUCAACCAGCUUCAGUUUUUUUAUUCGACGGCUCGCCAUUAAAGCUAGUUAAAAGAGUAAAAUUAUGCUUUUUCAGCAUGAAUGGAGGAUGCUUUGUGAAGGACCCAGUCCACGGACGACACAGAGUUGGUACUGUCUUGGUAUUACUACAAGGCACAUCAACCCUAGACGACAGUGGAGAUCUGGCGCCCGCUAUCGUCUGCCUAGGCUACUUUAGACCGAGGCUAUUCCAUACACUUCCACACAGAACAGUUUAGCACAUCAUCAUACACAUGUGUCAUAUUAGCUAUUGUACGUCUGUUUCAUCGAAUAAAAAUACGCUAUUCACUGGAACGUUCAAAGAUAUUGUAAUACAUAAAUACAUAACCAUAGCGUUCUGAAAAAGAGGGCGGAACUUUCAUACCGAUCAUGUAUCAGUAUCGGAACAUAAUGUGUGACGGACCCAGGCUUAAUGUUGUAUACACGUGAGAUUCUGGAAAAGUUUCAACAGCGAGCUGGACGGCAUUUUGUCUUUAACGUUUAUGCGCCAUACAUUACCAUCAUUUCCACGGUGAGUGUUGUUGUUCGUGUUUUGUAUUAGCUAGCCAAUGGAGUUAACGUUAGCGUUUCACAAUAAUAGUUUUGCCAGCAUCAGUAACGUUAGCUACCGUAGCUGUUUAGGCUCUUUCUACCAGCGGCUACAUUUGUUUUCAAAACCGCUUAACAACGCAUUAGUACCGAUAUAUUUAAAUGGGAACUUGUAGCACUCACCUCCCUGUCAAUGCGAUGCUCUCCUUGUGCGAUCCACAGAGCUCCUGUCUGUUACGUGCCGUAAGAUGGGGCGACUGAGGAAGAGGCACAACUGGAAGGGACGGGAGCAGAACGAGACACAUCCACCUCCAGAGGCCAAGGAGGAGGGGAAGACUGUUGUAGUGGAACUCAAAGACGGGGCCAACCUAAAGGGGGUGGACGAGAGCAAUGCCCUGGUCCUCCCAGCCACCAAACCCAAGAAGAAGAGGGGCAUUGAGAAGGCCCUUACUAAGAAACAGCCCCUUACCAAGAAACAGAGGAAACAUCUACAAAAAGUCCUGGAGGUCAAAGAGAAGAAAGCUAAGAGAGUAGACAUCCUGGCCAAACUGGCCGAAGUGCAGCUGCCUGACUCUGAACUGAAGCUGCUCUACACCACCUCCAAAUUGGGUACAGGAGACAAGCAGUACCAGACCAAACAGACUCCUGAUGAGGUAGAUGACGGAGCCUCAGGGCCCAGGAUCAGCAGCCUGAGUGGAGCCAACAGGAAGAGGAAACGAAGAGAACGAGAGGAAGAGAAGGCAGAAGAGGAGAGUAGUGAUUUGGACUCAUCUGAUGAAGAGAUGGAUGAUAGCAGGAUGAGGAAUAGAAGGGUGGAGGCCACCAAUGUCUCAGAAUCUAAAGAGCCAGCCUCCUCCUGUCAGGAGAAAGAGGUGGAAGAGAUGGAAAAGAAAGAAGAGAAAAAGGAGACGAGCGAGGAGUCAGGCCCUGCUCGGGCCUCCAGUAAAAAACCAUCCGAGCCAGCAAUCUUCAUCUCCGUGGACAGACUGCCAGAGAUACAGGAUUCCCGUCUGAGGCUGCCAGUGCUGGCUGAGGAGCAAGUAAUCAUGGAGGCGGUGAGAGAGAACAGUUUUGUGGUUCUGUGUGGAGAGACGGGAAGUGGUAAAACCACCCAGGUACCCCAGUUCUUGUACGAGGCUGGAUAUGCCAGUGGCACUGGAAUCAUUGGUGUGACAGAGCCUAGGAGAGUGGCAGCUGUCAGUAUGUCCCACAGAGUGGCCAAAGAGAUGAACCUGUCUACACGGGUGGUGUCGUACCAGAUCCGUUAUGAGGGGAAUGUGACCAGUGACACCAAGAUCAAGUUCAUGACAGACGGAGUCCUGCUGAAGGAGAUUCAGAAGGACUUCCUGCUCCAGAGGUACAGUGUGAUCAUCAUAGAUGAGGCCCAUGAGAGGAGUGUGUACACAGACAUCCUGAUUGGCCUGCUGUCACGCAUUGUACCACUCAGAAACAAGAAAGGCCUCCCCAUGAAGCUGAUAGUGAUGUCAGCUACUCUGCGUGUGGAGGACUUCACAGAAAACAGGAAGCUGUUUCCUACUCCUCCUCCCGUCAUCAAGGUGGAGGCCCGUCAGUUCCCUGUAAGCGUCCACUUUAACAAACGGACUCCUCUGGAGGACUACACUGGUGAGGUGUUCCACAAGACCUGUAAGAUCCACCGCAUGCUGCCCCCUGGGGGUAUCCUGGUGUUCCUGACGGGUCAGGCUGAGGUCCACUCUGUCUGCAGGAGACUGCGGAGGGCCUUCCCUUUCAGGAGGGGCAAUACAGCUACUCGUGAGGGAGAGGAGGCAGCAACCGACUCCUCAGAUGAGAUGAAGAAGUUUAAGAAAGCCAAACAUAAGAGAACUGUGUCCCUGCCCCGUAUUGACCUGGAUAACUACUCAGCGUUGCCGGUGGAUGAGGGGGAUGAGGACCGUCUGGCGGGGAUAGAUGAUGAGGGGUCAGACCUGGAACUGGGAGACGACGCUGCAGACACAGAGGAGAAGGCGGACCCGUCCCUCCCUCUUUAUGUCCUCCCCCUCUACUCUCUCCUGGCUCCAGAGCAGCAGGCCAAGGUGUUCCGGCCCCCCCCUCAUGGUGCACGUCUGUGUGUCGUGGCUACCAACGUAGCAGAAACCUCUCUAACCAUCCCGGGGAUAAAGUAUGUGGUCGACUGCGGUCGGGUCAAGAAGCGCUUCUACGACCGCGUCACGGGGGUCUCCUCCUUCAAGGUCUCCUGGACCUCACAGGCCUCAGCCAAUCAGAGGGCAGGCCGGUCAGGCCGUACCGAACCUGGACACUGCUAUAGGCUGUACUCAUCAGCGGUGUUUGGAGACUUCAGUCUGUUCUCAGAGGCAGAGAUCACCCGCAGGCCAGUUGAGGACCUGGUACUACAGAUGAAGGACCUUAACAUAGACAAGGUGGUUAACUUCCCAUUCCCCACAACUCCCUCAGCUGAGGCGCUGGUGGCAGCAGAACAGUUACUGGUUUCACUGGGAGCACUAGAGGAGCCGCCACGCACCGGACGGGUUAAGGAGAUGGAGCGAGCGCGUCUGAGCUGUCCCAUCAGCCCCUUGGGCAGGGCAAUGGCGUCGUUCCCCGUGUCACCACGCUACGCUAAGAUGCUGGCGCUAGGGAAGCAGCAGGACUGUCUGCCCUACGUCAUCGCUGUGGUGGCCGCCAUGACGGUCCGGGAGAUAUUUGAGGAUCUGGACAGACCUGCUGGUAAUGAGGAUGAGAGCUCCAAGCUGGCCCAGCGUCGAGCCCGGCUGGCCCAGAUGAGGAGGCUGUGGGCUGGGCAGGGAGCCUCUCUACUGCUGGGGGACCUCAUGGUCCUGCUGGGUGCUGUGGGUGCGUGUGAGUUUGCUGGCUGCACUCUUAAAUUCUGUGAGGAGAAUGGACUGCGGUAUAAAGCCAUGCUGGAGAUCAGACGACUUAGAGGACAGCUCACCAACGCAGUGAACUCAGUAUGUCCAGAGGUGGGUGUGUUUGUGGACUCUAAGAUGGCUCCACCUACUGAGAGCCAGGUGGUGUGUUUACGUCAGAUAGUGCUGGCGGGACUGGGAGACCACCUCGCCAGACGGGUACAGCAAGAGGAACUUCUAGACCCAAAAUGGAGGAAUGGAUACAAGACCCCACUCCUGGAUGAGCCAGUCUACAUCCACCCCUCCUCAGCCCUGUUUAAAACGCUACCUCAGUUUGUGGUCUAUCAGGAGGUCCUGGAGACCACCAAGAUGUACAUGAGAGGUGUGUCAGCGGUAGAACCAGAGUGGGUUCCCCAGCUCCUCACCCAGUACUGCCAUUUUGGAUCUCCUCUGGAGACCCCGUCGCCAUGGCUCUGUGCCUCUACAGGCAGGGUCAAAUGUCACUCUACCAGCACCUUUUUCCGAUGUGGCUGGCAGCUUCCUGCUAUAGAGAUGGAUUACCCAGAUGGCCUGGAACGAUACAAACUGUUUGCCAAGUUUCUUCUGGAAGGACAGGUCUGCCCUAAAUUGAAGCAGCACAGCAGUUAUCUUCUCUCAAACCCUUCCAUCAUGAUGAAGACCUGGGCAAAACUCCAGCCCAGGACUGAGGCUCUGCUGGGAGCUUUAGUGUCAGAGAGAGUGGACUGCAGAGAUGCACUGCUCUCAUCCUGGAAGAACCACGACAAAUUCCUCUUGACUGCGUACUGCCAGUGGAUCCCUGAAGCUAAGCACCAAGACGUGGCCAAGAGCUGGCCUCCCAUCUGACACAGAGGACACUGAUACCAGCUUUGCAGCCUGCCAAACCAGCCAUACCAACACAGUGCCAUCAACACAACCCCAUUACCCAUACCAGGGAGCCAGUUAUCCAUACCUCAGCCAACCACACAACACACAGGACAUUUUGGCUGUUCUGUACAGAACUGUUCAGGGGAAGGGCCAUCUUUCACUUGGACCAUGUGUCCAUCUCUGGUUGUGCUUUGAUACAUUUUUAAGACUGAUCAAAUCUCAUUCUAAUCAUCAGUUUCAGACUAGCACAAAUAAGCAAUGUUGGACAGAAUGAAAAUCCCAAAAUCUUUUUGAAGAUGAAGCCUUAAUCUUACCACGCAGUUGACACCCAAAAUAAAUACAAAGGUUUUCUUUUCUGUUUUAA